UCAUCAUCAGUAUAAAAAUUUUAAAAUAAUUUUAAUUUCGUCUCUGUUCGUCGCAUCGAUCAAUCCGGCGUCCUCUCCUCUGCUUCCUGCUCUCCCACCUUGACCCAGAGUGCCCUGAUUCUGAUGUCAUAGAGUGGGUUCCGACGUGGAUUCCUGUGACGUUCCCGUGGAGCAAAUUUCUACAAAACUCGAGGCUGCCAGGUUUGGAGACAUUACUCAGCUUACUACAGAGCAAGCACAAGCUCAACUGAUAAUCCAAGUUCAUUGUUGGUUCAGACCUAAUGUAUUUGUGGGUUCAUCUCCAAAAUUCAAGACUUCUAGCUCAGGUCUUGCAAUUAAGCUAACAGCACAUGCUUUCUCAACAUAACUUUCUGCUAUUCAAGUCGACUUCACUUCAUUUCCUUGCAAAGCAACUGUAUUUCUCAACUUCCACUCACAUCAGCAGACUCAACCAGACCUCCAAGACAACAUGUUUGCUUUGCCUCCGAAAUUGCAAGUCCAUGAGAGAACUCAAAGAAAUCCAAGCACACCUCUUAAGGAUUGGUCUCCACCAAAACAAAGACAUCCUCAACAAGGUCAUGGUUUUUUGUACAGACCCAUCUUUUGGGAACUUGCUGUAUGCUGAAAGAAUCUUCAACUGCCUCCAUGACCCAUGUUUAUUCAUUUACAAUGUAAUAAUCAAAGCAUUUGCAAAGAAUGGCCACUUGAGAAAGGUUCUAUUGCUUUUCAACAAAUUGAGAGAGGAAGGCUUGUCACCUGAUAAUUUCACGUACCCAUUUGUUCUUAAGACAAUUGGAUGCUUGCGGGAAGUUUUUGAAGGUGCAAAGGUUCAUGGUUAUAUCAUAAAGACUGGACUUGAGUUUGAAAAUUAUGUUUGUAACUCUCUAAUGGACAUGUAUAGUGAGUUAGGUUAUGUUGAAAAUUUAACCAAGUUGUUUGAACAAAUGCCUGAGCAUGAUGUGGUUUCUUGGAAUAUUUUAAUUUCUGGAUAUGUUAGGUGUAAGAGAUUUGGAGAUGCCAUUGAUGUUUUUCACCAUAUGCAACAAGAAAGCAAUGUGAAGCCUGUUGAAGCUACUGUUGUAAGCACUCUAUCAGCUUGUGUGGCAUUAAGAAACUUAGAAUUUGGUAAGGAAAUUCAUCGCUAUAUUAGUGAGGAACUUGAAUUUACUGUUAGAAUCAGCAAUGCGCUGUUAGACAUGUACUCCAAAUGUGGAUGUCUAACUAUAGCUCGGGAAAUUUUUGAUGCAAUGCCAACGAAAAAUGUGAUCUGUUGGACCAGUAUGGUAUCUGGCUAUGUAAACUCUGGUCAGCUCAACGAAGCUAGAAAGCUGUUUGAGAGAAGUCCAAUUAAGGAUAUUGUUCUUUGGACAGCUAUAAUAAAUGGGUAUGUGCAGUUUAAUAGAUUUGAUGAAGCUGUGGAGCUGUUUCGAGAGAUGCAAAUUAGAAAGUUUAGACCUGAUAGAUUCACAGUAGUUUCUCUGCUCACGGGCUGUGCUCAACUGGGAGCUCUGGAGCAAGGUAAAUGGAUCCAUGGAUUCAUAGAUGAAAACAGAAUUACAGUAGAUACAGUUGUUGGUACUGCUCUUAUAGAAAUGUAUGCCAAAUGCGGAUGCAUAGAGAAAUCGAUGGAGAUAUUCAGUGGGUUAAAAGAAAAAGAUACAGCCUCUUGGACUUCAAUUAUUUGUGGGCUUGCUAUGAAUGGAAAUACAAGCAAAGCACUUGAGUUGUUCUCAGAAAUGGAAAAAUUUGGAGCUAAACCUGAUGAUAUAACCUUUAUUGGUGUUUUAAGUGCUUGUAGUCAUGGUGGACUGGUAGAGCAAGGUCGCCAGUAUUUUAACUCUAUGGCAGAAGUAUUUAGGGUUGAGCCAAAGUUAGAACACUAUGGGUGUAUGAUUGACCUUCUUGGUCGUGCUGGACUGUUAGAUGAAGCGGAGUCACUGAUAGAAAGCAUUCCAAAUGAAGACAAUGAGAUUAUAGUUCCGCUUUACGGUGCUUUGCUUAGUGCUUGCAGAAUCCAUGGCAAUGUUGAUGCGGGUGAACGGGUGUCUAAACGACUUUUAGAAAUUGAAGCAUGUGAUUCUGGUGUCCACACCCUUCUUGCUAAUAUCUAUGCAUCUGCUGACAGAUGGGAAGAUGUCACGAAGGUGAGAAAGAAAAUGAAAGCUCUUGGAGUAAAGAAAGUGCCUGGAUGUAGUUCAAUUGAGGUUAAUGGUGUUGUCCAUGAGUUUCUUGUAGGGGAUGCAUCUCAGUCAGAGAUGAAAGAAGUAUGUUUCAUUUUAGAUAUAAUUGCCAAACCAUUGUUGGAUUUAGAAGAAAAGGAAAUGGAAGAGACUGUUGUGGCUCUGAUAACUUAAGUGUUGGUAGAGCCUAUUUUGGGAGUUUUUCAGUUCUAGUUAUAGAGGAAUAUGUAAAAGGUGGAGAGAGUUUUUGCAUCAUAUCCUCUACCAUCAAGCAGAAGUGGCUAGAAAACUAGGAGAUUCUCGUAUCAAAGACUCAAACCAAAACAAAUCCUGAGAGUUCACACAAAGACUUGCUAAUUUGCUCCAUGUCUGUGCACUUAGGAUGCUUUAUGUGUGACUGUUUGAAUAUACAUGAAAGGAGUGAGAGAUGCUCAAAGCAAGUUCCAGUGACUGUCAGCCUGAUGAUCAAGAAAGUGUGUGUAAAGCACUCCAAGUUUUCAUUGAAGAACAUAUUUGAAAGCAACCCAACCAUUAAGCAUGUGCAGAAACAUGGAAAGCUCCAUUUUAUGAUUAACCCGUGAUAUACAGAAGUUCAUUGAAGAGGCAAGAACAAAUUAUUCAGAAUUCAAUGCUGAAGCCUUGAAGGAAAUGCUUUUGAACUCUGCCUGUUGGUGUGGAAUCUGAAACAGCUGGCUAUAUUUUUUAUUUGCCAUCUCUUUAAUGCAGUUUCUGUGUACUACUAUGAAUAAAACUAGUAGGAAUCUGGAACCAGUGAAGGAUAGAGACUACAGAAAUUCAAGUUAGGUAGGCCAACCAUCAGAGUGGAAUUCUUUCAUUGAAAAAACAUGUAUUUAAGUUGUUAUACACUAGUUUUGACUGUAUUUUAUUCUAUAACAAUUUUUGUGGAUUUAGAUCUAUAUAACUUUCAGCAAGAAAA